UGGACCCUGGCCCACCCCCCGACGUUCCACCAGGCGCGGACGCGGCGGGAUGACAACAUGCGCCGCGCUGAUGCAGUGGAUACCAUGUGUUCAUGGCUGUAAACUCUGCCCGGAGUCUCAACUCUCAACUCUCAACUCGCAUCCGAUUGUUCUGCGGGACAAGAGCAAGACGACCGCAUUCGUCGGCCGGCGUUCGUCGAGAGACCAGGAAAUGGAGCCGUACGUCGCCCUCUUGGCCUACCUACAACGGUUCGCAGCUUCGGUUUCCGCGGCGAGCUGCGACGCGGAGGCGACGGGGGAUGGCGGCGGCGAUGUCUGCCGCAACGAGGCGGCGGCGCUGCAGCUCAAGAUAGUCGCCGUCGCCGCUAUCCUUGUCUCGAGCGCCGCCGGCGUCGCCAUCCCGCUCGUCGGCCACAGGUGGCGUGGCGGGGUUCGAGCCGGUGAGGGCGGGUGGGCGUUCCUGCUCGCCAAGGCGUUCGCGGCGGGGGUAGUCCUGGGCACGGGGUACGUGCACAUGAUGCACGACGCGGAGGAGAAAUUCUUGGACCCGUGCCUCCCGGACUCGUCGCCGUGGCGGCAGUUCCCCUUCGCGGGCUCUGUCGCCAUGCUCGCCAGCCUCGUCACGCUCGUGGUCGACUUCAUCGGCACACAGUUUUACGAGCGUAAGCAGCGCGAUAUGGCCGCUGCCGCCUCCGCCACAACGAGCGCCCAACAUGAGACGGGGUCGCCACUGCUGGAGGACGGGAGGACUACAGGGGGCGAGAAGUGUAAAGCCGACCUUGGGCACAGCCAUGCGCACGUCUACGAAGGAGUAGUGCACAACGGCCAUGGCCACGAGAACGAGGAGGGCCCGUCCCAAGCUCGUCAAGUGGUGGUUUCGCAGAUUUUGGAACUUGGAAUUGUAUCACACUCGGUGAUCAUCGGGCUAUCACUAGGUAUUUCGCAGAGCACGUGUACAAUCAAGCCUCUGGUUGCUGCCCUCUCCUUCCACCAGUUCUUUGAGGGUUUUGCACUGGGUGACUGCAUUUCUCAGGCUCAGCUGAAGGAUCUCUCUAUGCUUUUGAUGGCGUUCUUCUUUGCCAUCACAACACCCGCCGGGAUCGCUGCAGGCUCCGCCAUGGCAUCAUUCUACAACCCGUACAGCCCCCGUGCUUUGGUGGUGGAGGGUAUUCUUAAUGCCAUGUCGGCUGGUGUACUGAUCUAUAUGGCACUGGUGGAUCUCAUCGCGGCUGAUUUUCUUGGUCGGAGGAUGAGCAACAACCCGACCAUCUUGCAGGUUGGUGCAUAUGUCUCCCUGUUUCUUGGGGCCAUAGCCAUGGCAUCCCUUGCUAUCUGGACUUAG